AUUUUGAAAGGGAUUUUAGGGAUAAAAACGUUUGAUUUGAGAUUUAAGAGAGUUUCUAAGCUAAUUUAGCUUCCUAAAGUUCAUUUCUGCUCUUUUAUGGAAGAAUUAAGCUAAAAUGUGGGCUAAUUUUAUAUAGUUUUACUAACUCAAACUGUGAAAUGGCCCAAUCAAAAUCAACCAGAUUAACCUUUGCUGAGCUCUACAGCAUAUCUGAUUCUGCAAACCCUGAGGAAUCAUUAGAAGACCAAAAAUUGCAAUCUGAAGAGGAUUCAUUAAUCGACACUUUAUUUGAAAAUAACCUCCGCUAUCAUAAUCAUCAUAGAACUGAAAGGCGUAAAGCUUUUAGGAAUGAUGGAAGCGAUGAAUGAGUCCCUGAUGAUCCUCAACUUUUCACCUCUGAAUCGUUAAAAGAUACUGUCUCCUUGAUUCUGGGAAAGGAGCCUGCUUUUAAGCCAAAAUUCUGCUUCACUAAAAAUAAAGAUACCCCUCAAAAACAAAGGAGAGCAAAAUAAAUCGAAAAAGAUACUCAAAGACAGACAAAGUCUCCCCCAUCAAAACACUUCCCAAGGUAAGUCUUCUCUCCUCCCUACAUUCUCCCCCCUCUACAUCCCCUCCCCCCACAAUCCCCUCACCACUAAAACUCUCCUCCCUCAACACAAUUAAAUUCCCCUACGCAUAAAACCUCAAAACUUGUUUAUCAAAAUUUUUUCUACUCCACUAUAUUUUAUUAAGUCUUCCGUUAUUGAGUCAUUCUUAGCUUUAGAGUUGUUAUCUGACCUCUUUUGGGGAUUCUUAGAGCUCCUUGGUGGAUUAUGGGUCGUUAAUUGGUUACUGAAGAUAGGCUUAUAAAAUGUAUUUUUGAGGGGAAUUGUUAUUUUUAGCUGGUAGAUAUUGAGAAGGAAGACAGUCAGAACAUGCGGAUUUGUAUAUAACUCAGCCAACAGAAAUGAGUCAAGAGGUUGAUGAAUUGAAUCAAGUUUCUCUGCCAAAAAUGAGUUUAAGAGAAACCAAUCCAAAAAAUCCUUCUCAGAGGAAAAAGAAAGUCAGUUUUGCUGAACUUUACGCUUAAGUGAAAAUCUCUGAAAUAAAUUUUACUGAAAGAAAUUGCUCUCUCAGGGUUUUGGCUUAGUUUCUCAUUAAGCUUAGAUGAAAGUUAAUACAGAAAUAAUGCCUUUAGUGUAUCAUUAGCUUUUGUGUUAGCAGAAUGCUAAUCUCUCAUUAACCAUUUUUAUCAUAUACUUUGAUAAAAUAAUUCCUAAACUGGCUCUUUGGUGAAUAUUAUGGAUUAG